AAUCAGCUGGAUCACUGCAGGAGGUGAGUGGCUUUAUUUGGUGCCAACUUUCGCUCUGAGACCAGUUUCGCGAUUGUGAUAAGAGCGCUCGCAUCGUUCGGCGCGUUCGUGCUAAGUGUAUUGUAUGUAGGUAUCUCUAGUGAUGACUUCGCAAUUAAGCCAAUCUUUACCGGUGUCGGACGAUGCUCCUAUGGUAACUCUACCGAAUUUGGGAACGUUACGAGGCUCAACGACGCUGAGUGCCUUCAGCGGACGAAAGAUUUUACAAUUUCUUAGUAUCAAAUAUGGAGAAUCGACAGCUGGGGAGUAUCGUUUCAAGGCUCCUCGGAAAGCACUUGCUUGGCAAGGUGUGCGAGAUGUUUCACAGUACGGAUUGCCUUGUCCGCAGCUUAAGCUGGAGUCACUUUUUGCAAACCAAUCAGCCGGGACUGAUUUUGAAGACUGCUUAACGUUGUCUGUUUACACUAAUGAGCUAUUGGGAAGUAAACCAGUGAUGUUCUUUAUCCAUGGUGGUGGCUUCUACGAAGGUUCCGGCGCGAAUCAAACUCCUGAAUUCCUUUUAGAGAAGGACAUUGUUCUGGUGGUAGUGCAGUACCGGCUUGGUCCGUUGGGCUUCUUAUCACUCAAAACAGAAGAAAUGCCAGGAAAUGCGGGACUUCUAGAUAUCAAACUAGCUCUCGAGUGGCUGCAGGAUAACAUCGUGUUCUUUGGUGGCGAUGCGGGAAAUGUAACACUGUUCGGACAGUCAGCUGGGGCAGCCGCUGUCUCGGCGCUGAUGUACAGCUCUCUGGUUCCACAUAAUCUUUUUCACAAAGUUAUUCUACAGUCAGGUGCUUCCAGUUCACCGUGGGUUUGGGACAAGGAUCCGAUAGGCCAUGCGCGUGAGAUUGCCACCAUCGCUGGUUGUGAUCCGAACGUUGGGAAACCUUAUGAGAUCACAAUGCCAUUGCAACACAUCGAUCGUUGUCUUCGCGAGAUGGACAUUUGGCUUUUGCUAAGAAGCUUUAUCGAACACAAGAACCGUACCAGCGGAACCAAAGGUCUGUCGGAAGUCGGUGGAAACCGACUGACGGAGGGCGAUUUUCAUGGUCUACUUCCGGAGAAGCCAUGGGAACUGAUUAAGGCUGGAAAAAUUCGUCCUAAUCUUCCGAUGAUGGCUGGCGUUGUGAAACAUGAGGGAACCUUUCUGCUUACCUCGAUCUAUGACGGUUUGAGGAAUAGAGGUCAGCUGGACAAUUCCUAUUUCAUUAAGUACGGUUUGUUGGAAAGAACUAAUCGUAUCUUCGGGGUUGAUGAUUCUACUGGAACGCUGGCUGCCUAUGAGAUCAGGACUUUGUUCAGCCCGCAGCAGAUUUCCAGUGGGAAAUUCGAAGAUAUGGCGGACGGUUUGAUUGAUCUUUCUGGAACCAUGCUCAUCAAGGCUGGACUUCUGCGGGAAGCUCAAGCAAACAGUCACGCAAAUCCUAAUGGAACUUUUUUGUAUUCAUUCGACUAUCAUGGGGCGAAGACUCGUUUUGGAUACGGGGCGGACACGUCUCAUUAUCCGUUCGGUGGCGGAGUUCACCAUUCUGAUGAUCUGAUGUAUUUGUUUCCCUAUCCUCCUGGGCAGCCAAAGCUGAAUGAUAAAGACUCUAAAAUGUCCCAAAUGAUGGUUGAUCUGUGGACAAGUUUUGCCGCCACUGGCGCCCCGAAGAGUGAUUUAGCUGGAGUUAAUUGGAGUCCAAUGAGUGAGUACGCUGGUCCGUACCUUCAUAUCGACGAGAAACCUAGACUUGGCACAAACUUUUACGAGGAGUUUUCAGUAGUCAGCGAUGAGAAACGACAACCAAGUAAAACGUGAUAUACAUGAAACAGUAGUGACUAAAUAAAUGAGAGCGCAAUCUAAUAUAGAUGGGGAGAGGGAAACGCCACAGGCGAUUUAUUGUUGAUUUUACGUAUUUAACUAUGUUGAAAUAUUAAUGCUAGUGUUUGUGAAUGCAUAAUUAGGAUAUUAGAUUUCCAAUUUCCACGAUGAAAUACAGCUUUAACUGUCGUAAAGAUGAUAAA